AAUACCCAAGCUACCCCUUAAUAUUCGCGCAUGUCAAAUGAAAAUAACCUAGGGUUUCAUUUGUUAUCCACUCCGUACUCUCUCUACUCUCGAUUUGCUUAGCACCUCUUCUUCUCCACAGCUCGCAGAGAUGAAUGUGGAAAAGCUAAUGAAGAUGGCCGGUUCUGUUCGAACCGGGGGGAAGGGUACCAUGAGAAGAAAGAAGAAGGCUGUUCAUAAGACAACCACGACAGAUGAUAAAAGACUUCAAAGCACCCUGAAAAGAAUAGGGGUGAAUGCUAUACCAGCAAUUGAGGAGGUCAAUAUUUUCAAGGAGGAUGUGGUAAUCCAGUUUACUAACCCUAAAGUUCAAGCAUCUAUUGCUGCCAACACUUGGGUUGUUAGUGGCUCUCCUCAAACCAAGAAAUUGCAAGAUGUUCUUCCUCAAAUCAUUCACCAAUUAGGUCCAGAUAACUUGGAGAAUUUGAAGAAAUUGGCAGAGCAGUUCCAGAAGCAGGUCCCUGGUUCAUCUGCUGAUACUGCUGGAGCUCAGGAACAUGAUGAUGAUGAUGUACCCGAACUUGUUGCUGGCGAGACCUUUGAGGCUGCUGCAGAGGAGGGUCACGGUCACAGUCACGAUGAUCACGAUCACAGUCACGAUCACGAUCACGAUCACGAUCACGAUCACGAUCACGAUCACGAUCACGAUCACGGUCAUGAUCAUGGUCAUGCUUCUUAAGUGCUCAAUAUCGAUCUUGCGUGCAAUUCCUUGUAUUUUUCUUGAUGUUUUUGAGAUGUUUAUUAUGAAAAUACUCAAAAGUUCCGUUACAUCUACAUUUUAAGUAACGUAGCCCUUCAGAUCAUUAUCUGUCAUAUAUGAAUUGUAAUGACUGGGGGCAAUCCUCCUAUCUUUGGACUUUUACCAGAAAGUGUUUUUUGUUAUUGCUAUGAGUUCGGAUUUCA